UUAGGGGCAGGUCAGCAGGUAAUGUCGAUGCACCCAAAGAAGAAGAGAUUCCUAAAGAACUUCCUGCCAGGGGUAGGAGGGGUGCCAGCAAGGAAACUCCUCCACCAGCAGAAGCUCCUGCAAGAGGAGGCAGAGGACGUAGAGGCAAAGCAACAGAACCAGAGGAAGUUGUGGAAUCUGGAGAUGCUGCAGAUACAACGAAGGUAGAAUCACCAUCAGGAAGAGGAACAAGGGGAAGAAAAGCAGUCACCAACACUGCCCCCUCUCCAGCUAAAACUGAAGUUAAGUCAAGAUCAAAAGCCAGACAGAGCACACAGAAUCAACAAGAACAGGAAGCACUUCAGGCUGAACCCAUUGAAUCUAGUCCCAGGGGUAGACAGAAGAAAGCCCAUACCCCAAAGCAGUCUCCCAAAGAGACAUUAAAAAGUCCUACAAGGUCUAGGACUCGUGGCAAGGGUGCUACACCUGAACACCAGGAACCAGAACAGGAACCCAUUCAGGAGGAGGUACCUGUUGAACCAAAACUAGCUAAGACUGAUGCUCCAACAAAAGGAAAAAUGACACCAAAAAAGACGUCCGCUGCAGAAGCUACAGUUGUAAGCACUGAUGUUGAGAUGACAAGAGAUGAAACAAAGGUCAAAUCAGUGGAGCAAGAACCUCCAGUGGUGAAGGUGGAUAAACAGCCACCAGUUCAGAAGGACCAGUCAGGUGCUUCUGCUGCCCCCCUAUCAGCCUUAUCCCCAUCAGGGCACAAGAGAAAGUGGUCAUAUCCAGAAGAUGAUCUUGGGAUGAGUCCACCAAAGAAGAGGAGAGAAGUUGCAGAUGAAAGCUCAGUCCCAGUGACAGCAAGUGCUGUGCAAGCUGCAGAACAUGCAGACAAGUCUGCAGAUAAUGAGCUUGGAGAAUAUGAGGUGAUCCAGAUGUCUGAUGUGCCAGCUGCAGAUAGCCAAGAGGUGGCAGCAGCAGUCCCCAAACUGUCUCAACCUGGUGUGGAGUCCAUGGAAACGGAAGAAGCACCGGUCAAUUUUACCUCUUCCCAGGGUGCCAGUGCUUCAGUUGUGUUACCACCUGUGAACCAAACUGUCCAAAAACAACCUUUGUCCCAGCCAGCGAUGAUAAAUGGAAAUAACAGUAAUGAAAGUACGGUUGACCCACUCUUGAAUAGGAACUUCAUACCAAACCCACAUUUACAGGGGCCAGUGGAUUCUUCCAAGAAGUUUUCUAUUGUGUCAUACAACAUACUAGCCGAGUGUCAUAGGAAAAGGGGAGAUUACAGCUUCACCCCAGAGGAGUACUUAGACAUCAGUUACCGACACAAGAGGAUGAUGGAAGAAUUGAAAUAUUUGGAUGGAGAUGUGUUGUGCCUUCAGGAGGUGGACCCUGAUUACUACAGAGAUAUUUUAAGUAAAGAGUUACGCAGCUUAGGCUAUGAAGGUGUCUUUAAGAAGAGAAAUAGUCCCCAUUAUAAUGAGGGUGAAGCAACAUUUUGGAGAACAAGUCGUUUUACCUUGGUGGAUAACACGCCUCUGUUGCUUCAGGACAUCCUACACAAGGAUGUGGAUGCCCUUGAGCAGUCUGAUGCAGACAAGGCAGCUAUAAGAAAGUACCUGGAGGGUCCCAUUGUAAUGCUGAUCACCAGGCUAAGGUGUUGCACCACUGGAACAGUGCUCACUGUUGGCAAUGUCCAUGUGAUAUGGGGCAAACUUAAACUGACUGACAUACAGUGUAUGCAGGCUGCUGCAGCAGUGAGAGAAGUUGUGAAUAAGGCUGGCGGUGCUCACAAUCCUCACAUUGUCUGUGGGGAUUUUAACUCUUUCCCAGAUUCUUGUGCUUACCAACUCCUCCAGGAUGGUUACCUAAGUGACAAUUCCAUCAAUCAGCUGCAAGAGGUGACCAAUGUGGAGCUGUCUGACAACAGUAAAGCUGCUUUAGUGAAUUUGCUUUGGAAAGGAUUCCAACACACUUCUCCCCAUUUGAAGAGUGCAUAUGCUACUGUACAGAAUAAAGAACCAACGAGGACAACCUUCAAAAACUGCUACGACUAUAUUUGGGGCAGCUUUAACGAUCAACUUACACUAUUAGGAGUAAUCAAAGAAGCAAACAUUGAAAGCCGUAUACCCAGUGCUGUUUUCCCCUCAGAUCAUACUUCAAUCAAAGCUGAAUUUAUGCUUUUGGUAAAUAAUAGUCAAUGCUGACAUCCUGGCCAUAGUAUUUGCAAAGCUCAGGUAGUUGCUACAAUGAAGUAGAACUGAAAGUUAAUUGAGCCUGAGUUGACAUAUUUUAUCAUUUAUUUGAGAAGCAAUUUUUAUUUUAUGAAAUGUAAUAAUUAUACAGGUUUUGCUAUAAAUUGAACAAUGCCCAAACCAACAAAUACAGACUAUUGUAUCACCAUGCUCAUUUUUUAAUGGUAAAUUUUUGCAGCUUAUAUUAUGUGGUAUAAAUGGGUCUAUAUUCUUACAGGAUUAUUAGCACAUUGUAUUUUGUGAAAUGACAGGUAUGUGUCACAUACGUAUUGGCUUGGUCUGAAUAGCAGAUCUUGAUUGUAUAGGUAAAAGGGUUUAUUAUAAGGUUAACUUUUAUGGGACAAGGCAUAUGUGUAUAUUUAAACUUUUGUUAAAAAUUGUUUUGAGAGUUUAUUGACUUGGGAUGAUUUAUAGACUGUUAUUGAUGUAUAUUCAUCUGCUAUAUAGCAUAUUACACAUCUAUGAUUUAUAAUUGUAAUUGACCAGUGAAUGGUAACAAGACAAGUUUCACUUGGAAAUUACGUACAUUCAUUUUUAUGCAUCAAUUUUCAUUUCUGUUUUGUGGUAUUGCUUUCAUGUUUCACUAGUUUUACCAUCCUAUGAUCCUGGUGUAGUUUUUUCUCAACACUUAAACAAAUUUUAUAUUUCGAAUUAAAAGUAGUUUGGGCAAAUUUAAGGAUAUGUAGAUUUCAGUGUAGUAUGAUAAAAAUUAUCAAUUUGUGAGGCUUUUAUUGCUUUUGAUUGUUAUUUUUAGUCAGAUGACCAAUGUAAUUAUUACAUUUGAAGAUGCAAUGUUAUGACUUAACAAUAAUAGGCAGGUAUUAAAGGAUUUGGCUUGAGAAAUAAGCUUUCAUAGAUGUUAAAGAAUAAAUGAGAUCAGUAAAACUGAUACAUUGAAUGGAGGUAAUAGGUAAACUGAUUUAGAAUUUAUAAAAUGUUUUAAAAUACCAUUGUUACAUUGUUGAGGAUUUCUUAAAGACAGCGAUUUUUUAUUUCUGUGGGUGCACAUGCUAACAUCAAGGGCAAGUCUUGUAUUUUAGAAAAUAAAUACUUAUUUAAAGCAGUUGUAGAGGUUAAAUUGUCUUUUAGUAUUUUCUUCAAUAUGCACAUGGUCUCAGCUCCAUGACUUGGGUCAACUUGAAAGUUGCUGUCACAUGGUCUAUUCCUGACCCGGACUUCAACUUUGUGAACAAAAUAGCUUCUUAAAAAUGUUCUCCUGGUUUAGAAAUUUCCGCAGUGUUUUUAUUUUGGAAUAUACAGUUUCAAGAUGGUUUAGUUAGAAUAAAAACUUGGUCAGUUCCAUAGUAAAGUGAUACUUGAAGAAAAAGAUUUAGAUAUACAUAAAAGUUUUUAAAGGAAAGAUCUUAACUAGUUUUUGCAAAGUAGUUUGGUUUUACUGUAUUUAUGUUUAUACUAAAUAAAGGCAAAGUAUUUGUGAUUUGACAGAAGCAAUGUUCUUUUCUGCUUUACUUAGUUAAUAAAUUGUGAGGAUACUUGUUUAAUCA